AUGCGGCGGCGGGGCCGGGCGGCGGUGGUCGCGGGGCUGUGUGUGCUGGUGGCUGCGGGCGCAGCGGCGGAGCGCUGCAUCCUGUCGCACUACCGCAAGCUGGAGCCGCGGACGCUGGCGGCCGUCCGGGCGCUGCGCGACCACCACGAGGAGGAGAUGCUGAGCUGGACGCCCCGCAAUUGUUCAUUCCGUCCCAGGAGGCUGCAGCCCCCGCCUUCGUCGUGCAGGCGGCUCCGCCAGGUGGCCCAGGACGUCGCGGAGGCCCAGGCGGUGCUGAGCAACCUGCAGAACCCCGAGCGCAUCCCGGGCAUCGACCCGACGCUGGAGCUGCUGGCGGCCGUGGCGCGGGACGUGGCGGCCUGUCUGAAGCUGGUGAGACCAGGCUCCUCCAGGAAGGUGCUCCGGCCCCGGAGGUGGCACCUCAAAGCCCAGAGACAGCUCUCUCCCAGGUGUCACCGCACCGCUGUCAUCCUCAACCUGCUGCGCCUGCUUGUCCGGGACCUGAGGCUGGUGGCGCACUCAGGACCUUGUCUCUGAGCACACUCUGGAGGGCUGCA